GACGUAGGUAGCGUGGUCCGCCGUAUUUGUCGGGAGCUUAGCCGCUUCCUCCUUUCUAACAGCCGAGAGUUCAAGAACGUUCUGCGCGCAGGGGCACUCCAGCUAAUAAGAAUGGGCAUUCAUGGCCUAACGAGUUAUGUAGGGGAACAUAAUGAAUUCUUUGUUGAUCUGCAGCUGAGAAACACAGAUGUAAUAAUUGAUGGAAAUAAUUUGUAUCAUGGCCUUUACUUUAACUCGAAUCUGGAUAUCCGGCAUGGUGGGGAUUAUGAUUCUUUUACAGAUAUUAUAUGUCAGUUUUUUCAGUCAUUGGCUAUGUGCCACAUACAGCCAUACGUUGUGCUGGAUGGAGGUAAUGAUGCAUCUAAUAAAAAAUUUGCAACCUUAAAGGAACGAGCUCAGGAAAAGAUCCAGGUGGCUCAUUCUCUUUCUCAUGGUGGGAGUGGAAGUGUAUUGCCUUUGCUUGUCAGAGAGGUCUUCAAGCAGAUUCUAACUGAACUACAAGUGCCUUUUGUACAGUCAUUUUCAGAGGCAGACAGGGAUAUUGUAUCUCUAGCCAAUCAAUUGAGUUGCCCUGUCCUAACUUUAGAUAGUGAUUUUUGCAUUUUUGACCUCCAAGCAGGCUAUUGUCCUUUAAAUUAUUUUCAGUGGAAAAACCUUUGUAAAUGUAAAGACUCACAAGACAGCUACAUCCCAACACGGUGUUUCUCAUUAGAAAGAUUUUGUAGAUAUUUUAGCAAUAUGAACAAAACCCUCCUGCCUCUCUUUGCUGUAAUGAGUGGCAAUGAUUAUAUAAAUCUGCCAGUUAUGGAAGUGUUCUUUAGUAAAAUACACCUUCCUAUAGGGAAAUUCCGACGGAGGAGUAGAAAGCAUGACCGCAUUCAGGGACUGCUGAACUGGCUAUCUCGUUUUUCUGAUCUUUCUGAGGCAAUGGAAAGUGUAUUGGAGUAUUUUAAAAAGCAUGAAAAAGAAGACAUACGACAACUUCUCUCUUUUUUCAUGGCAGAAUAUGAACCAUCUAAUGUCAAUCUAAAAGAUUUUUUCCAGAGUGGUAUGUAUGAAUCUGAGGAAAUGAAGAAAUUAAAAUUACCACAGUGGAUUGCAACAGGCUUAAUUAAAGGACAUCUAGCACCAUUUAUUAGUGAUGCUCUUAUAUUAAGAAGAACCAUCCUUCCUGUUCAGGUGGAGAAUAUGCAAAGACGUAGUGCUCAUUCCAUAACUCUGCCAAUCAGACAAGUUAUUUAUUGGUUACUGUUGAAUAUUUCACCAAGUUCAGUUAGUCCCUCUUUGAACAAAGAGCCAACUUCAGAAUUUCCUCCUGUCUUCUAUGAAUUUGAUAGACUCCAAAAUUCACUCAAGAAAUCAUCUGUUCGUGUAGCAGAAUUGGCACAGAAAUUUCCAGACAGUUGGUAUGCUUUGGCUACAUUAAAUGAGGCACCCAUCGCAGAGCGUCUGCUAUUUUUGUUUGAGACGUUAGGAGUGUCAACCAGUAUCCUUGAACCAGUUCCUUGUUUGCUGCAGCUCCCUAUGGCUGUAACCUGUUACUGGACCAAGUUUUCAGAACCAAAAGUGACACUACAGCACAUCAAGGCUUUACUACUUGGAAUAACAUUUGGGGAAUUAGAUAAGAUGUUGCACAUUCCAGAUUCUGAAAGACCACAUGCUGAGGUCAAUAAAAUUGUACAUGACCAGUUCUUGAAAUGGAAAGAAAAAAAAUCCCCAAAAGAUGCUUUGGAAUUAGAUGUUGCACACACUUUCUGCCAAUGGCAGUGCUGCCUGCAAGCAGGAUUAUAUCUCAACCAGCUGCUUUGUAGUCCUCUCCCUGAGCCGGAUCUUACACGGCUUUAUAAUGGGACCCUUAUCCAUAGAUUGUAUCAUCAGCUUAAUUCCAGUUCCAUGCCAGAGAACCUCCUCAGUACAUCCCCAAAGAUGUAUGAGCUUUACUGCAGCAUGGUACAGAUAGUUAAAGAUUCAACGCCACCAGGUUUCUUUCAGAAGUCAAAAUCCCAAAGGAAAAAGGACAAGAAAAUUAUUAAUAAAUUGCAAGCUACACGAGAAAGCACUAUGAUGGACACUCUACCUUUCUGUAGUAUUAACAGGUUUGCAACACUGGCAAUUGAGAACUGAAAGCCCAGUAUUCCAGACUGGUUGUUAAUAUUUAUCUGUCUUUGGGUUUGAGAAGGUAUUUCUCAAAAGAAUUGGAGAAGUAAUGCUAUUACAAUGGAUUUACUCCUUCAGUAAAUCAGGAACAGGGAAAAUUGCUGAAUUGUUUUUAAUAAUUGUUAAUUUUUCAGAAGACAUUUUAAAAAACUAAUCUUACCUUGAAAAGGUUUCUGAAAGAUAUUUCAAAGAUGCCUCUCUAUUUUUCAUUGUUUCGUUGUAUAUGUUUAUACGUUUAACGAAAUUAUUCACCUUAUUUAUGUUGUAAUAAUACCUAGAUAUUUUGAUUUUUUGUUUUACAUAGCUUGUAAAUCUUACUGAAUUGUAAGACUAGAAUGGGAUAAAAUAAUGAGGAAAUAGUGAAAAACAGAACCAUUGCAAAAGAGAAAUCUUAAUCCAGAAGUGUGGGCAAGAUUGAGGAAGAGAUUGAAAGCAACUCUGCCAUAAUCACAUUAGGUAUAAGUUGAUCUGAAGAAUUAUUUUGACAGGCUCUCAGCUCUCUGUUACAUUACCCUACUAGCAGUAAAGCUCUUUUCAGAAAUCCAAGUGAUAAUUGUUUUCCAAGUUUCACAGAUUAAAAAAUGAAUAAAUAAAAUAUAGAAGUCUGCUUUUUAAAGGCUUUUAAAGAAAGAUAAGAAAUCUGAGUAUCAAAAGUUUCUGACAUACAGGAAAGAUUAUAUGGUUUAAAAUUAUUUUGCUGAAUGAAAUAAAAGCGUACACUAAUAGUGGUUUCUAUCAGCCAUUCAAAAUUAAUCAGGAAAAAAACCCACAAGCACUAGUGGAACUCUAUUUACAAGAUAAAAUAACAAACUUGUGCCAUGGACAGAAUUCCUCUCCUUUUUAUACAGACAGAAUCAAAGUGAGGUAAUUUUAAGUUGCUUGUUUACCCUCUUUUCUCUUUUGGAGCUAAGCUGCUAUUUAUGUAACCACUCUUGCAUUCCCCCCCCUUCAAGGUUAUGUUCAUAGUCCAAUAAUGUAUCUCUGUGAAGUCAAAUAUAAUAAAUCCAUCUCUAUAAUCAAAA